AUGAGCAGCGAUGGCCCUCCAAAGGCCAAGUCCAAGUCGACCGGCCUCGGCUCAGGGCUCCUGUCCGCCGUCCUGCUGCAGCCGAUCGACCUCCUCAAGACCCGCGUCCAACAGUCCGGGCACCACUCCCUGACCGCCGCAUUCCGCGAGAUCCGGUCACAGCCGCGCUUCUUACCCGCACUAUGGAGGGGCGCAACUCCGUCUGCCCUGCGCACCGGCUUCGGUAGCGCCAUCUACUUCACGAGUCUGAACGCGAUCCGGAACAAUGUGUCGCGCGUGCCCUUCCUCGCGGCGGACGGCGCGGGCAUGCCCUUUUCCGGAAAAGAAGGGAGGCACUCAUCAUCGCUAGUAAAGCUGUCCAACACAGGCAACCUGCUAGCCGGCGCCGUGGCGCGGACGUUCGCCGGCAUGACGCUGAUGCCGCUGACGGUGAUCAAGGUGCGGUACGAGUCCAACCUGUACUCGUACGGGUCCAUCGCGGCGGCGGGGCGCGACAUAUUCAGGAAGGAAGGGCUACGUGGUUUCUUCUCCGGCUUCGGGGCGACGGCCAUGCGCGACGCGCCUUAUGCCGGGCUGUACGUCCUGUUCUACGAGCAGAGCAAGAAGCGCCUGAGCUCGUUGACCGGCGCCGGCGGCGACAUCAAGGACCCCGUCGCCAGCAGGGCCAAGAUGACCAGCCCGGCAAUGGGCGUCUCCACCGCCGCAACCAUCAACUUCGGCUCUGGCGUCAUCGCCGGCGCCGCCUGCUCGGCCAUCUCGAACCCCUUCGAUGCCGUCAAGACGCGCAUCCAGCUGCAGCCGGGCGUGUACCGCAAUACGUUCCACGCGGCGCGAAUGAUGGUCGCCCAGGAGGGGCUGCGCAGCCUGGCCGACGGGCUGGCCCUGCGCAUGAGCCGCAAGGCCAUGAGCUCGGCGCUGGCGUGGACCGUGUACGAGGAGCUCAUACGGCGGACCGAGAUGGCGCUGAACCCCAAGAAGAGGAAGGAGAGUGUACUAUGA